AUGGAAAACCAAAUCGAGCUCACGGAAGCUACCACAGCCGAUAGUGAAGGCCAGCAAACUGAAACUUGGUGGGAAAGGAUACAGCCCACCUUAAUUCUAAUUGCAUCAACAACACUCAUAUUCACAGGAUGUGGGAUCAACUUUGCAUUCGGUGUUUACCAAGAACUUUACGACUCUAUGGCUUCCCAGCCACACACUCCUUUCACUGGCGCAACCCCAGCUCAAAUUGAUCUCAUUGGAACACUUUCAAUAUCACUGAUGACGUUGGGUGCCCCUUUUGCAACAUCAUGGGCUAAGCUCUACUCGCCUAGAUCUGUAAUUCUAGCUGGGGGUUUAAUCUUUUCUGUCGCCUUGAUCCUUGCCAGUUUCAGUAAAACACUUUGGCAGUUUCUACUGACACAAGGCUUACUUCUUGGUAUUGGCACUUGUCUCUCAUACAUGCCCUCCGUAACUGUUGCGCCAACAUGGUUUACGCGCCAUCGUGGGUUGGCUAUGGGUAUAAUUCUUUCUGGCACUGGAAUUGGCGGAGUUGCUUGGCCUCUCGCGCUGCGAUCGCUCAUCGAUAAUGUCGGCUUUCGGAACACGCUUCGUAUCACUGGUGCCAUGUCUUUUGUGUUAACUUGGGCCUCUGGCUUUUUCAUACGCUGGCCGGACAGCCAAAUUUCCCGCAUUCGUGCCGAGAAUUCUACAAGCAUGUCUCGUUCCUCUGGUCUUUUUCAACUACCAGUGGUCAAUUGGCAGAUUGCACGUUCACGCAAAUUCAUUGCCCAAGCUGUUGGCGGAGCACUUCAAGCAGCCGCAUACUACACGCCAGUCUUCUUCUUUGCGUCAUACGCUCGCACGCUAGGUUACUCACAAGCAACAUCUGCUAAUUUCAUUGCUUUAUCUAAUGCCGCAAAUGCCGUUGGAAAGGUUGCAAUUGGAUACAUGGCUGACAAAUUUGGAAGACUCAAUACACUUCUCCUGAGUACCUUCAUUUCCGCAAUUUCUGCUCUCGCACUGUGGCUACCAUCAUGUCUUUCAGCAACCCAAUCUGACGGGCGGGCUUUGUUCGUCGCGUUUACCAUUUUCUAUGGUAUAUUUGCAUCGGCAUAUGUUUCCUUAUUUCCUACCAGUCUGGUGGAGUUGUUUGGGGUCCAAAAUUUUGCCAGUGUAAAUGGUCUACUCUACAUGUUGCGAGGAAUGGCAACUCUGGUAGGGACACCAGUUGCAGGGGUGCUAAUUCGAAGUAAUCAAGAAAACAGCUACCCGAAGAACUACGAGAAUACGAGUAUCAUGGUGGGCCUUCUAUUGGCAGCUGCGGCGAUAUCGGUUUUCUGGGUAAGAAUUGAGGCUGUGUUGACAAUGGAAGACCCUGGACGCCGUAGGAAGUGGAUCGUAUGA